AAGAGCAAGGUUUCUGACAGCCUAUAAUUUUAGAAAAAAGUAUUUCUUCGUACUGCGUUCUUUUGUUAACAAAAGCAGUGGCUUUAUAGACAUAUUUCUCUUUUUAGUUUGGCAUCUCUGUGUACAUUCCGAAACAAAGAACAGUAUGCUAUACCACGUAUCAAGUGAGUACUUAUUUUAUUUCACUAAAGGGCAUAAAAAUGUUUAAUAACAACUGCUACAUGUUGUCUAUUUUGAGUGACUCCAAGUUGGAAAAAGACUAGGAGACAUCACCAGUGUUUCUACUCCACAGAAGACCUGUGGUAUUGUUAAAGAUUUGCCACUCUUUGAUCCGUACGACUUUGGAGGAAUUCAUUUUGUAAAUCUGGUCUUCCAAAAACUGUGAUGGACUAUGAUGGAUCAUAGACUCAAAGGCCUUCAAAGAUCAGAGAUAUGGUAGACCAAAGGUGUAUUUUAAAAAAGAGCAAACAAAACAAAAUACACCUCAGAGGUAAAUUUGCGCCGACAACCAUAAGCAUUCCUUGGACAAUGUUAUCUUUAAUCUACCUUCCAACUCUAAAUUUAUUUUCUGUAUUCCUAUUCGUCUUCACUAUGGCUGGAAAAGACAAAGCUAUUUUAUUGGUCACCAGCUCAACUAAUUCCCCUUGUCUUUUUCAUAAUGCCACCUUACCACCUCAUAAGCAAACAAAACCCUCAGCCAACAAACUAAAGCAGCUGUGACAGAAAGAUAACUGAUUCCUUUGUAGAUAUUGUCCAUAGAUUUUGAAGUAUGUAAUACAAAGUGCAUAUGUCAAAGCAAGAAAGCAAGAAAUAGCCAAUUUCAAUUUUAUUUCUAAGACAAUAAUCAUGGAAGGGCAUUCAGAAAGGCACAGAAUGAAUGAAAUCCCCACUUACUUUGACUUUAUUGUUUCCAGAAAAGUUCUUUCCCUUUAAUUGCUUGAUUUUUCUUUGUCUUGCCUUACUAAAAUUUGUGACUGCUAUGUGAUAGGAAACUAUUUGAAAGUUAUUUUUCUUUCCUUUCCCUCUCCACCCCCAAAUAGUACAGCAUCAUCUACAUAGUGUCUCAUAAGUGUUAAUGAGUUAUAAACCAACUCAGAUUACUAAAAUAAAAUCAGUCUAGCAGCUUUGGUGAUGAUUUUCUUACAAACAAGGUUAGGCACUGUGUCAUCAAACACUGGGCCAUGCUUUCCAUAGCAGAAUCAAUACACAUCCGCUCUUAUGAACCAUUUUGGCUUUUUAGAAAUUCUUACUUGAUCUCAAUGCCAAUCAGAAACCUGGCCUGUGACUCAUGAACUUUCCAGUCUUAUGCUUAAGUCACCGAUGGCAGCAAACAAGAGGAAAGUGUGAUGGUGGCAACGCUGGAUUCUUCAAACUUGCACCUUCUCACAUGGCAUGACCUGGAAGCUGACCUGGAGCAAUUGUUCUGAUGAUAUACAUCACCAGGUAUUCAGUUCAAGGGAAAAAGCAGACAGGUAGAAAACAAAGCAUCCUUUAGUGAUUUAGGGAUCACUGCCUCAGCAGUUAAAUCCAGAGUUCUCAUUUCAACGGGCAGCUACAACUCCAGGAAAUGACCUCACGUCCUGGGGGUCAUUAGCUCCCAGCCAGGGCAUAUAAAGGCCCAGAGGGGCACGAGGACAUUCACACCUGAGAACACCCAGCUCCUCUCAACAGCCCACCCCACACCAGCCUCACACACCACCAUGACCGGCUCCUGCUGCGGCUCCACCUUCUCCUCCCUGAGCUACGGGGGAGGCUGCUGCCAGCCCUGCUGCUACCGCGACCCCUGCUGCUGCCGCCCCGUGACCUACCAGACCACCGUGUGCCGCCCCGUGACCUGCGUGCCCCGCUGCACGCGCCCCAUCUGCGAGCCCUGCCGCCGCCCGGUGUGCUGCGACCCCUGCUCCCUGCAGGAAGGCUGCUGCCGCCCCAUCACCUGCUGCCCCACGUCGUGCACGGCUGUGGUCUGCAGGCCCUGCUGCUGGGCCACCACCUGCUGCCAGCCUGUGUCUGUGCAGUCCCCCUGCUGCCGGCCCCCCUGCGGCCAGCCGACGCCUUGCAGCACCACCUGCAGGACCUUCUCCUGCUGAGACCCCACCUCUCCCCUCAACGCACAAAACAUUCCCAGGUGCACAGAAUCAUGUGCAGACUCUUCCACCCCUUCUGGAUCAGAUGAGAGACCCCACCUUUGCAGCCUAGCUGAUCCACAAGCACGAAUUCAACAAUAACAUCCUGUUUCCCCACAUAAUUAUGUAGCUAAUGCUGGCCCUCUCUGACAAUCUUGAGAAAAAUUCCAGCUUUCAUCAUUUGAAUUCUUGGCUUAAAAAAAAAAAAAAAAAACGAGUAAAUACAAAUCAAAGCUCCUCUUGAAUAGAACUCUGUCCCACUGACUCAUCACCCUUUUUUGUAUUAUUUCAAGGUUCUCAGAUGAGAUUUUUUUUUCUUCCAGGAUAAUACUAUUUGUAUGCUGUAUUUUUGCCUGUAAAAAUAAAAUAAAAUUUUAUUUCUGGGGAAG